AUGGAUAAAUCCAAAAGAUUCUCCCUAAUGGCACCUAAGACACCCUCCGAUGAUGGCUCGUUUCAUCACAGAAGAGUAGCCUCUGCUGACGCUGAGCCAAACGGCAGCUUUGGCAGUACACUCGAUAGAGACUCCAGGAAUGCCCCAUCUGGAGAGCUACAGCCUCUAUUAUCUCUAGUCAGCGCACACUCUAAGAAAACCUACUUCUCAGGCUACUUAGCAGCAAGAACCGUUAGGUUGGAGAACGGUAAACCAACCAAACCGGGCGAUAGCAGAUCAGAGCUCCAGGGCGUCUUCGUUAAGUUAAUAGGAACAGUACUAAACGUCUGGGUUAGAAGAGAUAUGGAAGCUGCGGCUGCACAGGGUUCUGCCGUACCACCGAAAUAUAUCAACAUCGCGGAUGGCUAUGCAGAAAUUAUCGGCAGCAUACUCGUAUCUGUGCCACCCCCAGAAUAUCAGCGUACCGUGGAUCACGUCUUCUCGCUCAAUUAUGCAGGCUUAAAUAAACAGGAGUAUGUUGCGCCUGAUCAGAAAACACUAAACGCAUGUGUACACGCUAUAAGGCUUGCAUCAUGGGAGAAAAAGCGCCUCGAAGAACUCUACACUGGACAUUUACUCCGCAUCCUACAAAAGUCAAAUCUCCCAGGUAACUCCGGUAGACAGCCAUUCAUAGAACCACGUUCACCGUUAGUUAAGGGUAAAUUAGAAGGCUGGGUCAAAGUACGUUUCGUCGGCACAGCAAAAUGGCAGAAACUCUUCCUGGUUCUCACGAAUUACCGCCCAUCAGAACGAAAAAGGUCUUUCUUCGGUGGUAACAGUAGCUCCAACAUAGUGAACACAAUGUCAUCCAACUCUUCACUUGCUUCACAUACUUCCUUCCCUACACCGCCGCAGCCUGCUGCGAUUGCAUCAUUCUAUUCUCAAAAAAAUCCUAAGUCUAGUACUAAACCAGUCUACACGCUCACACUCGCGACUCAAGCUUUCGCAAUAUUCCCCGAACGUGUUGAACUUAUUGGACAUAGUGGAUUGCUCAAAGUCGAAGGUAUUUUACAGAAUACAUCUGAUGAUAGUGCUAUUGCAUCAAUAGCAGGAUUGAGGGAAGAUGGAUGGUGUCUCAUUAUGCCGGAAUUAGACGAGAAAACACCAGCUACAUCCGCAUGGGCUGAGAUGCUCAAAUGGCUGGUUGGAAUACAUGAUGCUUUCGGAUUAUAUGGCCGCCCGAGGGCAUACAGUUGGGAUCCACGUGACCCAAAGUCACUCUUCUUUAGUUACCCAAUCGGACCUCAGAAGCACAAGCUAUUCUUGGAUGCUGAGUUGGCUCAGACUACAGACGUCAAUGAGACCCGCUCGUGGGCUAUCAGAGCGAACCUCUUGGGUAUUCUCAGAGAGAGAAUGUUACCACCAUCUACCCAAGCCCGUUUGAAAUCGUCAUCUUCUCGACCAUCAAGCACGACGUUGAGCUCCGUAGGUAGCCGAGAUGGUAUGAGCAGGGGUAUGACAGGUUCUAAUGGAAGUCUCAAUGGCGGUCUCAGUGCUAGUCUCAGUGGCAGGCCUCUAUCUCUCCAACCUGGUGCGCCAUCUCAGUUGCCCCUUCGCCAACCACCUAGUAUCUCGUCAUCGAUCAAUAGAUCGCCUUUGCUUGGAAGUAGGAAUCCAAGUGGUAUAAGCAAUCUCAGCAAUAACUAUCUCCCUGAGACCACCGAAGAAACCGGCGCAGAAAAUGACGCUUCUAACAACAGCAACUUUAGCUCACCAAGCUUACCACCCAUUAAUGAGGCACACAAGCAACCUGGAUCAAGUAAUGACCGCACACCAACACCAAAUGAACCUGUAAAAGAGACUGGUUCAACAUCUCCAGAGCACGUUGCAUCAGACAUGGUAUACAAUUCCACAAAUGACGGAUCAACAAUCAAUAAACAAGGCUACUUCGAUAAUCCUCCUAUAUAUUCUAGCCAGCCGCUCGAGACACCAAGCGAUGUACGGUCGAGUCCACCGGUAAGCACCAUCAAUACCCCUGGCAGCUUCGCUACCGGUAGUGUUGAAGAGCAGACUGCGAGAGCUGCUCAGGAACUCCGACAAAAGCUCUCCCUGGGCAAUGCCCAAAUACAGGAGAGAUCGAACAGAUCAUCGAGGUACGAAGAUGAACAUAUCGUACCAUAUCCAGAUACACCCCAAUCUGAGAACGUGGAAGGUGGCUCUGUUGCGUCCAAGUAUUCACAGAAUACUUAUAACGAGACGUCUGAAGAGGGUCCAAGUGAGGCUUAUACUGAAGCCCUCGGUGCUCACCCGGAGGUAGAUGUAGACGAUGAGAGGACACCUCAUGUUCCUGUCAGGCAGCCACCUACAUCCAAACGAGCUAGUAUGCAACCUAUCAGUCCAGCUGAGUCUAAUCAAACCAGAAGUAUGCAACCCAUCAGUCCAGCGGAAUCUAAUCCAGCUAGGAGAAGUAUACAGCCGGUCAGUCCAGCUGAAACUAACUCAGUUAGAAAUAGCAUGCCGCCAAUUAGCCCACUUGAUGCACAUCCUACAAGGGAUAGCAUGUCCCAAGUCUCCAGAUCCCCAGGUAGCCCUUACCAACAAGGAUACCAGUCACCACCACGGAUAUCUUCACCGCCUAUGCCACCGAUACAGGGUAUGCCGGGAAUGCCUCCAAUGCAACCUAUGCCAGGUAUGCCUCCUAUGCCGGGUAUGCCACCAAUCGAUCCUAAUGUAAUGGGUAACCAAGCUGCUUUCUUCCAGGCUAUGAUGGCAGCUCAGCAGGCCUUCCAGCAAGCUAUGUGGCAAUACAGUCAAAAUCCGCAGGGAAUGCAGGGACCACCACCUAUGCAAGCUAUGCCAGGUGUACCAAGCAUGCCAGGCAAUCCACCAAAUGUGCAUAACGUUCACCAACAGCAGCGCAAUCAAAACAUUCCUAACCCAACAUCACCAUCACAGUACUCCCAGAUGUCGCCAAAUUCAGCAUACUCCCAAAUGUCACCAGUUGGUCAGACUAGUCCCCAAUUUCCUACACAACCUUCUUAUCAGAGUUUUUACGCCCAACAGAGUCCUCGUAACGAUGAUAUUUAAAUUAGUUUCAAAACUGGAGAUACUUUACAAAAUUCGUAAUAUAUUGUAAGAAAACAACAUUGCC